UUUAUUUUGCCCUAAUGAAUAGCCGAAUCGGUCGUUCUCUCCAUUCUCCAUUCAUCCCGAGCGCUUCUCUUCUCUGCGACAUUGCGAGGCGCGAGCUGCGAGCGAGAGCCAACUGCCAAGAGAUUGUCUUCGAGGCUUCGACGGCGAGCUGCGAGCAGGAGCAGAGCGACCCCCUUCGACGACGAGCUGCGUGCAAGAACCGAGACUCGAGAGAUCGCCUACGAACGCCGACGGUGGCCUUUCUCCCAGGAUAUAUCAAAUGGAACGUUAUUUAAAGAGGAAAGAACGUUUGGAGACUGAUUUUAACAAUCUCCCAGCUGAUCCUGGAAAUCGUCCUUCAAUUUGGUGUUACGAUUUAAAUGAGAGAGAUAAAAUUCGGAGAGCAUAUCUGUUGAAGGGACCCCAUCAACCGAAAAGUCAUCAAUUUCCUCAAACAGUAUUUGGCAAUGUUGCACGCAGAUUUAAUCCAAAAUGGUUUGAGGACUAUCCUGAUUGGUUAGAAUACAGUGUACAGAAAGAUGCUGCUUUUUGUUUGUAUUGUUACUUGUUCAAACCUCAAGAUAAAACUAUUACAGGACAAGGUGGGGGAGACUCAUUUAUAGGAGAAGGGUUCAAAAAUUGGAAGAAGAAGGAAAAACUGUUAAGUCAUGUUGGCGAUCAUAAUAGUGCACAUAAUAAUGCAAGACACAAAUGUGAAGAUCUGAUGAAGACUCAAGAAAAAAGUCUUCCUGUUCUAUGGUUGAGCAAAGAUGAAAGAAAUAAAAAAGAUUAUAGGGUUUUGUUGACAGGUGCAGUUGAUUGUGUUCGAUUUCUGUUACGGCAGGGGUUAUCAUUUCGUGGGCAUGAUGAGUCAUCCGGAUCUGAGAAUCGAGGAAAUUAUUUGGAGCUAUUUUAUUUCCUUGGUAAUCAUAAUGAUGACAUUAAGAAUGUUUUAUCCACACAUUCAACCUCAAAUUUGAAGUUAUCUUCGCCAAAGGUUCAGAAAGAAAUUUGUUCAGCUGCAGCUGCAGAAACUUUGAUAUCAAUCAUGAAAGAUAUUGGAGACUCCUACUAUGCCAUUUUGGUUGAUGAAUCUCGUGAUGUUUCAACAAAGGAACAACUAGCUGUUGCUGUGAGAUAUGUGGAUAGUUUAGGUCAAGUUGUUGAAAGGUUUAUAGGCAAGUGUCAUAUAUUGAGAAAGAAGUAUUUGAUUUGGUUCCAAAUGAAGUUGUAA